AGACGGUCGGUUGCGUUUUGACAGAACAGCUUUGAGACUAGGUGUUGGCAUCAUAAAUGCUGUCUGUUUCUUAAUCAGUGAAAAUGGGAUUAGCAGCGUCUAAGCAAGAGGCAUUCUGGGAAGCCUGUGGUUUCGGCCAUGUUGACAGGGUCAGAAAGUUUUUGCAAGAGGAUAUUGAUGUCAACUGGAAAUCCUACACUCAUGACUGUUGUGCUAUUCAUGUGGCGUCGCAGGGCAAGCCGGAGAUCGUGCAGAUGUUACUGGAUGUUGGAUGUGACGUUAACGUGCGGGACGAUAGAGGUAACUUGGCUCUACACCACGCAGCAAUGAAAGGCGAGGCAGAUAUUAUGAAGACCCUCAUCAAGGCCGGAUCAGAGAUCAAUGCUCAGGACAAGAAUGGCUGGAGCAGUCUACAUUGUGCAGCCUACUGGGCACAUCCUAAAGCUGCUAGAGCUCUCAUUGAGGCAGGGAUAGACAUUCACCUACAGAAUAAGGACCAAAGAACGGCUCUCCAUGAAACAGCUCGCAGUAAAGAAAACCUGGAUGUGGAACUAGGGGAGAUAACCAGGGAUCUGAUACAAGCAGGCUGUGAUAUCAACACAAAGAGCAAGGAUGAUUUGGAGGCUGACUUCACACCGCUGAUGUUUGCUGCAUACCACGGUCAUCCAGAAGUGGCGUCAGCGCUGAUAGAUGCAGGCUGUGACCUUAAUGCCAGGGGAACGAACCUGUGGACAGCGUUACACUGGGCGACAGACCGUGGGAAUGAAGAGGUGGUCUACAUCUUACUGGAGGCAGGUGCUGACCCCACAUGCCAAGGAAUGAGAGGAGAGCUGGCAGCCCACAGAGCCCAGUCCAACCCAGACCUGAAAGAAAUGCUACUGAAUGCCGUCAACAUGUACACAGAGCUCUCCAGUCUGGGAGGAGCAAAUAGCCAACCAGGUAGCCAAGCAACCAGCCCUACAGUCGAGAAGGGCAGUGCUGUCACAAUUUUGGCCUCACCCAUGGCACAGACAGAAACAUUGUCAGAUAAAGACGGUUCAUCAGAUGAGCUGACCAGUGAACAGUGUGGAAAGGGGAGUGAAAAUGUUAAUGAGCUUGGGAAAAAGGUUGUGUCAGAUGCAGAACUAUCACCCAAAAAGAGCAGUAAAGAUGACAGUGUUAAUAGUUUGUCAGAAAGGCUUGGCCAGGAAGUGAACUUGAAUGAGAAUUCCACCAACUCGGAUGAGAAUGAAACUUCUUCUCUGUCAUCUCCAACUGAAUCUUAUGAUGAGGCUGCCAUUUUAACAAAGGGAGACAACCAUGACGUGGCCUUAGAAUCUGCUGAAGCAGCCAAUGAACACCUCUGUGACACUUCAGAUGUAACAAGGACUGGGAUUGGAGAAGGUGAUGGUCCAGUCCCUGUUGAUGUGCAAAAGGAGGACAGUUGUGUAGAAAAACUUAAUAACUCAGAGAAGUCUAGUAAUGAUGGUAAUACAUCUCAGGGAGAUGAGGUUUUGUCCAAGAUUGAAUAA